AUGUCGUUGCGCUCUUCGGCGCCACGGCUGUUUGCACCGCCUCUUCCCUCGCAGGCGAGCUGUCCACGCUGCAGGCAAGUGCCAGCAUGGCGCACUCCUCGUGCGGGGCGCGCGGCAGCCACAGACUCGUUCGGGUACGCGUCGAGAGAAGAGGAGCGGGUGGUCAAGACCGCGCUGCACGAGCUGGGCACGCAGCACGAGAAGAUGAAGCUCUCUCUCAAGGCGUUCCACUUCCAGGAGCUCUCGCGCACGUCUCUCAGAGACGUCACGCUGCGGCGGGACAACCGCUACGAGAGGCUCAAAGAGGAUCUGCUCGAAAACGUCGGCAGCCUCUCCCCCGCGCAGCUGGUGGCGGCAGUGAUAUCCGCAGGCCGCCUGCGCAUGCGGGAGCCCGCUGGGCUCUGGCGCGGCCUUGUCAGCGGGAUAAGCCGCCACACCGUGCAGACGGCCAGCGGGGCGUCUGGCCUGCAGUUCUCGCAGAUCUGCCUGGUGAUGCACGCGCUGGGCAAGGCGCAGGUUAAGGUCAAGGUAAAGUUUUACUACCGGAUGCUCAGAUUCAUGGUGCGCCGCCCCGAGCUCUGGACGGAGUUCGACAUGGCUUGGAUCCUUGGCGCAAUGCGCCGUCGUGGGCUGCGCGCCAGGAGCGAGGAGUCGCCGCAGGACCGGCUCUGGGCCAAGGUGACGCUGUGCAUCGCGGCGUACUUCCGGCAGAAGCUCCACUUCAUCUCGCCGCGAGGGAUCGUGUUCAUUAUGUACGAGUUUGCUCGCCUUGGCGUCUACCCCGGCCGUUGUGUGUUCAGGGCCGCGAAGCGGGUGCGGCAGCACCUGCCUUCGCUGAACGACAGGGCUUUGGUCGCGCUCGCGGUGGUGCUGGCGAAGUUCGACUGGCCAGACAUGCGGCUGCUGCGGAAGAUGAGCCACGUGAUUCGUGAGCCCAGGCGGUUUGUCCGUAUGCACCCGAGCCUCCUGAUAAUUGUCUUGCAUUCGUACGCCAAGCUUGCUGUGCGCGAGGUGCCGCUGAUCGAGGCCGUGGGGGGCGUGAUCGCGCGGGGCGCGGGCCAGUUGGACGAGCGCUCGUGCGCCGUGGCCGCCUACUCGCUCGGCCGCCUGGGCGUGCGCGGGCCCGCCUGGGGGCCACUUGCGGAGCGCGUCGCCUCGCGCGCCGAGGUGCACCCGCCGCUGCACCUGCCCCUCCUCUCGGCCGACCCGACCAUCGCGCACGCCUUCGGAAAAGUUUCGAUCCGCGAUAGACGGCUGCUGGCGGAGAGCCUCGCAGACGCCAGCCUCGCCUCCGUGGCCGGUUUCUCCCCCAAGCAGCUGUGCUGCCUGUUGGACGGCAUGACGCUCGCCGGCUUCUACCGCGAGGACCUCUUCCGGGCCGCGCUGGACGAGUACGUGCGCCUGGGCUCAGCGGGCUCCUGGGCUCGCCGCAAGAUGAUGCACCGCAUCCUCAGCUCCCUGCGGUUGGAGGCGCCGGGGCUGCUGAAGGACGCGCCGGCGGGCUGGCAGACGCUGGUCGAGCAGGCGAGCAGGAUGCCCGUGAAGGCGGAGGAGAGGGACUACCACGCGGAGCUGGAGCUCUGCGCGGAGGCGCUGUCCCUGACUGGGGCCAAGACCCGCUUUCGCAAGGGCCCUCACAUCGUGGACUUGAGCGUGGUGGUCGACGCGACGACGUCGGGCUCCGGACAGGAGCACGCCGCCGUGGCGGUCAGCCUGACGUCGCAGGCCGACCACUGCCCGCUGACCGGGGAGCUGCUCGGCCCCGCGCGGUUGCGGAGGAGGCAGCUGGCGCAGGUGCGGUGGCUCCACCUGGAGGUCAACCGGCGGCAGUGGCUGGCCCUGCCAGACAGCGAGGCGCGCACCGCGGCCCUCGAGGCGCUGCUGUCGCCCUUCGUGGCCACGAGGCGCCGGCCAAUCUCGGAGGUGGAGCCGCUCUG